AGCUUUCUUACUUGCUAACUGGUUGCUGUGUUGUGCGAAUAGCCACCAUCGCAUCGCUGCCGGCGGCGACUAGAACUGCUGGUGGAAUGGAGCGGUGGUGGCAGUGGCAGUAGCAGCAGAGUUCCGAAUGCCGCGGCUCCGAUCCGAUCGCAGUCGUGGUUUGUCACUCUAUCGGUCACCGCGUCGCCUCGUUCACUGGCCGCUCUCUGCAGCGAUCUCUCGGAUCGUAUCGAAACGUAUCAGAUCGUGUCGGAUCUAGGAAGAGGCUCCGGCUCCUCCGGCAUGCAGCCAGCAUCCGCAAUAUCAAAGGCAAUUAAUUGGAUUGAUCCGGCGCCACCUCCGCACCACAGCAAUGAUGGCCAUGUAAAGGUCAGGGGUCAGGAGCGGAAAUUGAAAUAGCCAAAAAGGAACGCGGAACGCGGAGGCUGAUUAAUUUUGGUUUUACUAUUGGUCCUUGCCACCGACGAGUCCACAAUGUGAGGCAAGUGUAGCGGCCAAAACGCUGGAAAUGCUGAAGCACGCCUCAAAUGCGAGCAGUGCCGCUGCAAUAGCCACCGCCAUUGCCGUCCCCGUAACCGUCCCGCCCACCGUAUCCGCAUCCGGAGGCGCUCCCCUUGGCGGCGGCGGCGGUGGCCAGUUGCUGCGCACCGCCAGCGUUAUCGUUGCCAACAGCAGCAGCAGUACCAACAAUAUCAGCUGCAACGGCAACAGCAACAGUAAUAGCAAUGGCAGUGGCAGCGGCCACAACACACCCCCAGUUGGUAUAGCGGGAACUGGAACGGGAGCGGCAGCAGGAGCGUCAGGUGCAACCACCACCAACGGUGGCAGUGGCGGUUCCCCUACGCCAGCAGCAGCUGCCGUGGCCAGCACUGCGCGCAAUAUCCACCUGCGGCCGCCGCAACCGCAGCCGCUGAACAUAUCCGCCCUGAAUGCCUCCGCUGCCAGCACGAGCACGCUGCUCAAUGGCGGCGCACGUGUGGCCAAUGGCUCUACGCUGCUAAACAUUGCCACCCCGAUAACGCCGCUCAAGCCUUUAACGCCGCUAACGCCCCUAACACCCAAUGGACACUGUCUGGGCAAUGGGAGUGUUCACCAUCAUACCUACACCAAUCAGCACAUCCUGGCCAGCAGCAGCCAACAACAGCAGCAGCAGCAGUCGAUGCAUCAGCCGAUGCACCAGCAUCAUCAUCCAUCCCAUACUCAAUCGCAGCAUCAGUCGCAGGCGCCGAUACAAAUGCAGCAGUCACAAACACAGGCGCACCACCUGAGCAGCCAGGUGCCGCAUAAUUACAGUCACUGCAACAACCUAACCACCAACUCUGUGUUCCACAAGCUGACCAAGCCGGGACCCUCGCCCCGUGAGGCCCUCACCAGCCUGGGCCUGCUUUGCCUGAUUUCUCUGUUACUUGCGUUGCUUUCGCUGAUCUUCCUGCUGAGGAUCUCACCGACGGGACGAGAGGAUGCCGUGGGACGUGGCGGGCCGAGCAGCGAGGACUUUAUCCUGGUCUACGAUGUCACAUUGGCCUUGGGCGCUCUCUCGCUGUCCCUGAAUCUGUGCUGUCUGCUGGUCUGCGCCAUCCAGUUUCUGUUUGCCGUCAAGUUGCGGGCGCCGGCCUUCGAGGGUCGCGACAACCAGUACCUGGCAAAGUCCAGUGUUAGUCGCACUUGCGCUGUCAGCGGCUUCUUCAUCUCCAUACCGGUGUUUCUUACCGGCCUCAUCCUGUACACCUUUAGCCACUUUCACUCCACGCCAGCGAUUGUUACCAGCAUACUAAUUGGCGUGGGCAUUGUUUUCUGUGGCGGCGCCAUGGUGCACAACGUCUUUGUCUGGCAGCACGAGAAGACCAUCAGUUAUAGAAGUGCUCCUUUGGGUUUGUCCCAGCUCCUGACGCCACCAACCGCUUCCGUGCCGCCGCUUUCGCACAAUCUGUCCCUGCUCUCGGCUGCCCAGCUGCCGGUGCAGUUGCCUGUGCCGCUUCCACUGCCGCUGCCGCCGGCAAACGGCUACCAUACGGCCUCGCCGGCGGUGCCACAGCCGCAGCUCUACCAGGGUCAUCACGCCUGCCUCCUGCAGCCGCCGUCUGUGACACCAGUAUCGCCCAAUCACUCGCACGGCAGCUUCAAUCCGUUGCUUAGCGGCGGCAACCUCCUGACAAGUGGAGGCGCCGUCAAUUCAUCAUUCCUUGUCCGUCCAGCUACGGCCACGCCGCCAACGCCAAGGCCAGGGAAUAGCAGCUGCCUGACGACGGCAACAGCCGUGGCGGGACGCGAUGCCUGCGGUUCGGUCAGUCCUGGCAUACCGCCAACGCUGGACAUGAGCAACAUGACCAUUUCACUGCACGAGCUCUCCACGCUCGUCUAGAUUUAGGCAUAGCAUUAGCAUUAACAUAGACGACGAAGCCACCGCGCCAGCCCCAUCUUGCCGAACUUAGUCCGUAAGGAACGAAGAAAGCCUGUUGUAAAUAUCUGUACAAAGUAUGAAUUAACCACAUUGAAAGUAAAGCUAGCCUAGAAAUGAUAUAUAGCG